AUGCAGGGGAAUGUGUUAUUGGUAGACCCUCCUGGGAUUGGAGAAUCAGAAGCUCUGACGAACAUUCUCAAAGAAAUUCUACCAAACGCUGUAGCUUUUAUAUUUAUGGUAAACGUGUCAAAUUCUGGCGGUGUUCAGGAAGAUAGGCUUAUUGAAAUUCUAAAAACCAUUAAAAACGCAGCACCACAAAUGCUUUGUUUUAAUCCCUGUGACGUUCUCUUUGCAACGAAUAAAUGGGAUCUAAUUGACCCAGAGGCUGGAGAAGACACUGAACGGCAUAGUGAUGAUUCGAGUGAUGACAGCAAUAGUGAAGAACAUGUUAGCGACAAGGAGAAACUGUGGGAUAUGAUUGUGGAGAAGAUUGAAAAUGUUUGGAUGGAUUGUGACAAAGAACAGAUUUUUAAACUCAGUUUACAGAAAGUAGAUACAGCAACUGACACACAAGAAAAAAGAGAAUUUCAAAGAUUCACGGACGAAUUAUCUCAAAUUAUUGAGAGAUAUAAAGACAAGAGAGUACAAACUCAUUUAAGCUUUUUAGAAGAUUUAGUUUUCAAAAUAGAAAAAGGAAUACUGGCAAGGAUUCACUCUGUAGAAACGGGCAACACCCACACCUUGACGGAAAUUCAAAAAACUCUGAAAAAAAUUAAUGAUGACUCUAAUCAAGCAAGAUAA